AUGGUGAAGUUGUCUGUUUCCAUCUUGUUUUUCAGCUGGUCUUUGUGCCACUGCAACAGCUUGGUCAACGCGUUUGGAGUAUUUCAAACCAGUACCAAACGAAAUGCUGUUGUCUCAAUGGCCUCAAUGGCCUCAAGCGGUGUCCCACCAGUAUCAAGUGAUGCUUCGGAUACUGAAGACGUUGAAAUCCCAACCAACCUUCCCAGCGAGUGUGGUAUGGAUUACAUCCCUCUUGCAACAAUGCUUGCGACUGGUCAACUUGCAGAAGCCGACCAGUUUACUCGCGAUGCUCUGAUCGUCAUUUCUGGUGCAAAAGACAAAAAGCGUGACUUCGUUUAUUUCACAGAUGUCAAGAACAUUCCCAACACAGAUUUAGCAACAAUCGAACGUCUAUGGAAUCAGUUUUCUGGUGGAAAGUUUGGAUAUUCGGUUCAAAAGAAAAAGUUCAAGCAAUCCAAAGAAGAUUUCGAGGUUUUCUGCAGGAAGAUUGGUUGGACAACACAGGAUGGAGAAGUUGAGAGAAAAAAACGUUGGUUUGGUGCCUCCGAGUUCAUUUAUGAUGUCAAGAAAGCUCCCGAGGGCCACCUUCCCCUCACUAGCGCUCUUCGAGGGACAUCUUUGAUCAAAAACAUUUUGAAGCAUCCUAUUUGGGAUAACGAUGAUUGGAUGAAGGAGCCAUAG